GAGACCCCGGCGAUGAACGCGCUCGGUGCCUGCCGCGAAAUUAUUAUUAGGCGAGACCACGGGGCCAGUCGCGGCAUAGCACCAUCACACGGCGGAGUCGUUAUAAAAAUAUCGCUCGCUCUUUAACGUGUCUCUCGCGUUCCAUAUCAGGCCUGUCAUUAAAUACACAUACGUAUCGCUUGAGUCAAGUUCGAACUCGUAGCCAGCGUUUUUCCGUCUUUUGAUUUCUUCGGUUUCGACGUCGCCAAAAUGAGCCUUCAAACCUCGCUGUCCUUUCCUAUCAGGAAAAACUUUUACGGUAUCAAGGAGUCGCCCAAGGUGGAAUACACCACCAUUCCGCUUUCGAAGACGCCGUCGAGGUACACGCCGACAGUCAAGAAAAUUGUUGACAUCAGCGAGUCCGAGUCGUCGUCGGAUUCCGAGGACGAGAACGUCAAUUCCAAUUUCAGAACUCCGAAGAGAAAACAAGACUCUUCAAAUGUUUGCAGUGAGGCAUCACCUCCCAAACAGAAAAAAGUUACAUUCACUCCAAAAACACCUAGUACUUUAUUAGACAAAUUGACUUUGUUAUCACCCAUGACCGCUAGCCCGGGUAUUCUCAAGCAAGAGAAAUUAGCACCAAAGAAAUUAUUCUCCAAUAAAUAUAGCGAGGCUAGGAAAGCAUUGCACAGUACUCUACCAGAAAACUUGAUUGGUAGAGAUACAGAAAUGACUGAACUUGAAAACUUCAUUGACACACAUAUGACAAAUCAAUCAUCUGCAUCGUUGUAUGUAUCAGGACCACCUGGUACUGGUAAAACUGCUUGCCUGUCCAAGAUUAUGUUGAAACCAAAAUUCAAAAAAGCAUUUCAAAUAGUUUAUGUCAACUGUACUUCGAUGAAAUCUGCAGCUGCUAUUUAUUCUGCAAUUAUAGAAGAAUUGGGAAUAGAGAAACCAAAGUCUAGUAAAAGUAAUAAAUCUGUGAUUGAAAAGUAUUUGAAGGGAGCACAUAAAAUGCUUUUAUUAGUGUUAGAUGAAAUGGACCAAUUGGAGAGUAAAAAUCAAGCAGUACUUUACUCUAUUUUUGAAUGGCCAUCAAUUCCAGACACUAAAUUAAUAUUAGUAGGAAUAGCCAAUGCUUUGGAUUUGACUGACAGAAUUUUACCUAGAUUGCAGGCAAGAUGUGAACUAAAACCAACUUUGCUACACUUCAAACCAUAUACAAAACAGCAAAUUAUGGAAAUUAUUACUGAACGUCUCAAAGAAGCUAAUGUUUUAGAUAUUUUUACAAGUACUGCUAUGCAACUUUUGUCAGGUAAAGUUGCAGCAGUAUCAGGUGAUAUACGUAAAGCUUUGGAUAUUGGCAGAAGAGUUAUUGAAAUUGCUGAGUCUCAAAAGAUGUUGCAAUCUACUCAAAACAGUAACUCUGACGAUAACAAUAAAAAUGGAGAUGAUGCAAUUAGGAAAGUAGAUUUUCAAGAAGUAAGGUCAGUUCUUAAUGGAGUAUAUGGAGGCUCACAAAAUGUUGAUAAAGCUGAAAAUGAAUUUCCAUUGCAACAGAAACUCCUUCUGUGCUCAUUGAUGCUUAUUUUAAACAGAGGAAGGAACAAAAAUGUUACAGUUGGAAUGCUACAUCAAGUCUACAGAAAAGUAUGCGAAAAAAGGAAGAUCAACAAACUUGACAUGUCAGAAUUUGUUAGCUUAUGUUCACUAAUUGAAACUCGAGGCAUUGUAAAAAUCAUAUCAAAGAAAGAAGCUCGUCUGUCAAAAGUUAGCUUAGAAUGGGAUCAAGAACUUCUUACCUCUGCUUUGCAAGACAAAGUACUCUCUUCAGACAUCAUUAAUGAUGUAUCAUGCUUGUAAAUAAUUUGUUGAAGUGGUUCUGUUUGAUGAUUGUUAUAAUGUAUAUGAACUUAAAUAUUGUCUAAUUUAAGUUACUAGGAGUCAAGAAUAUAUAUUUUUAUUAAGUAGAUAAAUGACACUUUAGUUACAAUUGUCAAGAUGAACAAUUUUCAAUAAUUUGUAACUAGAGAUGAAGAAAUCCAAUGAUAUUCACUACUGAAUGUGUCUUAUGUACAAAGUUAUGUAGUUAUAAGUUUUAUCAAAGUUUUAGUGUGCAUGUAUAGCUCAAGUACUUUUACCGUUUGUUGUGACUUGUUUUGGUAAAAAUAAUUAGUAUUCAGCUAUUGAUACUUAUGUAUAAUAAUUAAAUAACGAAAUAAGUGCCUUGUUAGUGCUCUUACUAAUUAUAUAUAAAAGUACGGAUUAGAUAAUUGAAAAUCAAGAUUUACCACAAUGAUAUAAAAAUUGUAAAUAUAUUAUUUUCAGACUGAAACAUAAUGAUUCAGUUUUAUUGAUUAAUGGUUUUUUAUCAAUAUAAAAUUACGUAUUAUAUUACUCCGAUGUGAAUAUAAUAAAAAAAAUCAA